GCGAAGAGCCUGAAAUAAAAGAAAUUAAAAGCAUGCAUUCUAAAGAAAAAAAAAAAAGUUCAACUCAACAAAAAUGUAGCAUCGUACAAAAGCCUGGAAGAAAUAUUAAUCGGGAAGAAUUUAUGUGAAGUAAUCAAUCUGAAAUUAUAAUUAAAUCUAUAAAAUACCAAUCGCAAUAUAGCGGAUAUUCUGUUGAUCUAGAAUAAACCAAUACGAACGAACUGGUUUUCCAUGCAUUACGAUAUACUACCCACGUACGCCGGCACUUUUGAAAUAGUAAAUAACAAAGAAAAAAAAAAAAGUUCUUAUCCGGUCGCACAAUCAAUUACACAAUUUUUUCACAUUAAUGAAAUGACUUUCCAAUCGUUGUGCUUCUUUAUCUACAUACAGAUGAAAUUUUUCCAUUUAUUCGGGUGACGUUGGCCGUUAUCACAAUGCGGCAAAAGUUAAAUACAAAUUCUCGUCAAAAGAUGUAACAAAAUAUAAUAUGCGGCCACUUUAAUGUGUCCCAAAAUGUACGCAAGGGUUAUAGGGCAUAUGGUUACGUCUUCUUGCAACUGUGUAUCAUUCUCUUUAUGCACACAACUUAAAUGCAAAUAUAAAAAGUUAAAUUUUUAUUGCUUGUCUUAUUGCUUGCGUCUGUCGUUUUGAAAAAUAUAAAUUCUAAUCAAUCCCUUUUCGCGACUUGGUGAAUGCAUUUAUUGGUCUAAUAUCGUUCAUAUAUCUCGUAAAUUCCAAAUACGGCAAUUUUGUUGUUUAACCGAACCAUUCAAUCUACUGAAGGUUUCAAUUUAUCAUGGCCUGCACGGUUAUUUGUUCCAUAUGUACCGACACUUUUAAUAGUUUGGAUAAUGUUGGGUGCAUUAGCUGUGGCCAUAUAUUUCAUGAUCUCUGCAUUCGAAAUUGGAUGGAAAGAUCUAAUCUAUGCCCUAUAUGUCGCUCUUAUUAUUCGAUUAUUAAAAAAGUCUAUCUAAAUUUUGAUGGAAAUAUGGACGGUGAAGUGAAGCUUAAGCUGAAACUACAACAAGCUGAAAAUAAGAUAAAGGCAUUGCUUGAAAAAGUUGACGAAAUCGAUAAAAAGUACACAGAAUUGCAGAAAGAAUAUAAUUUAUCUGAAUCUAAUUUUCUAAGUUUACAUAAACAAUACACCGAGUUGGAUGAAAAUAAUAAAAGGAUGAACACGUGGCUAGCGGAGGUUCACGAUAUACCAUCACAAACGUGCGAAAAAUCGGUCGACUUUUGUCAGCAAGCUAUGCAACUUUAUGGCCAAAAGGCUUCAACAGAGAGAAAAGACAACACUGCAUUUCCCUUUACCUUUCCCGCUACUACCGUAAUUUACCGUAAUUCAAGAAGCGGUGGCGAUUACGAUAAACAAGGGGAUUCAAGCAGCAUUAAUUUAUUUGAAAUCAGUUCAAAUGGCAUUCGUCCGGAUACGGAAAAAGCUGUUAACAAGUCGGUAAUUGAUGGGCCCCCUGCAGUUAUGAGUAACACCAACUUCUUUGAUAAUAGUUCGGCAGUUCCUAGCACAUCGGGCAUUAAUAAAAUGUAUCCCAAAAAGUUCAGCUUAUUUUCAACGGGAACCACUAGAUCGAGUGCGCAGUCUUUGUUUACCUUUUCCUCUUCUGGUAGUAAUUCAAAAAGCGGUGGCGAUCACGAUAAACAAGAAGAUUCAAGUUGCGAUAUCGUAUUUGAAAACAAUUCAAAAGGCAUUCGUCUGGGUACGGGAAAAGUUGUUAACAAGUCGCCAAUUGAUGGUCUCGCUGCAGUUAUGCGCAACACCAACUUCUUUGAUAAUAGUUCGGCAGUUGCUAGCACAUCGGGCGUUAAUAUAAUGAAUCCCAAAAAAUUCAGCUUAUUUUCAACGGGAACCACUAGAUCCAGUGCGCAGUCAUUGUUUACCUUUUCCUCUUCUGGUAGUAUUUCAAAAGGAGAUCCGAAUUGCGAUAACUUAUUUGAAAAAAAUUUUAGAGACAUUUCUCUGGGUACGGAAAAAGCUGUUAACAACUCGGUAGUGGAUGGUCUCUCUGCAGUUAUGCCCAACACUAACUUCUUUGAUAAUGGUUCGCCAGUUGCUAGCACAUCCGCCGUUAAUAUAAGUUGUACCAAAAGCAAUAUCAACUUAUCUUCAACGGGAACGAACGAGAAUAAAACCGGCUCUAUUUUCGCAACAUCGAACCUCAACCAGAUGAAUAAUAUUACAAUAAAUUCUCAAAAGAGCCCUCUUGGUACAUUACACACCACUCCUGCCAACAAUGAAAAAUUGUCCAACAUUAGUUUCGCAUUUCCCCAUUUUCCGCCUAAGUGUAGUACUGUGGUCGCAAGUAACACUACUAAUAGUGUGUUUAUGAACGGUAAAAGGGCGUCAGCCGAUUGCAUGACAGGCGCAAGUGUAACUGCAAAUACUGUGAUUGCUUCAAUUAGUGAUAGCACGGUUAUAGCCUCCUCUACUACCGAUACUGGAAUAGAAUGGCCUAAUAAUGCUUUCAUAUUUGGCAGUGAAGAAAAUACGGAAAAUAUAAACGAAAAUCCUAGAGCUACUUUCGGUUCAUUUCCGUUCUUUGGUCCAACGGGCUGCACUUUAACCAAACCGGAAAAUUUGACUGAUCAUUUUGUAAAACUAAAGAUUAAUUCCAAUAAAUCAAAAGUGCCCGAACAACGUCCGGUAAGAAGAGUAGAUAGAAAACCUAAGAAAAACCCAUUUCAUGAUUUAAAUACGCGCUGCUUGAAGAGCGGUUUCAGUGUAACUGAUACACCAUUGAUUUUACAAAAUCAAUUGAGUCAAUCAGAUGUUAUUCCGCAUAAACGUGUAAACGCGGUCAUUUCUAAGGGGAAACAAGUAAUAAAAGUUAGCUAGGGUGCGACUUCAAUUUGUCCUUGCCUAUCGAAAAUUCACCAUAGCUGCACCAUCAACGCCAAUAACAAUAAAAGUACGAUCGAAUGGACCCGGGUGUGUUCCCUUCGUAAUCGCAUUUCUUAUCUAAUAAGCUACACAUACCAGAAUGGAAUCAAAAAAAGCUGACGCGCAUGGAAAUCGAAAUUGUAAGGAUCAUUAAUUUAGAUGAUGACGAUACAGCCAAAGUGAUCCCUCAAAACUUAGAUCUUUAAUACGAUGAUAAGCCAUUCCAAUAAUUCCUAUUCAGUAACGGAAUUACCCGUUUGCUCGAAAGGCAAUCAUUUUUCUUAUACAUUAUUUCCAGUUUCAGUUUAUCAUCAAUAGCAUUAUCUACUAUUAUUUUUCGUAUUAUCUACUUUGAUUUUUUUUCUUUUCCAUCAUUUAAUAAUCACUAGAAAUGUAUGUAAUCUAAAUUUAAAUAUUACUUAUAUGUUAAUUGAUCGCUUGUACUUAUAUACCUAUACUUAUAUGUUUUUCCGAAUUAUUCUUUAUGUAUUUGUAUUAAAAUCUUAGUUGAGUUUAUUCAUCAAUUCAAUUAUUAAAAUCUUAAUCUAGUUAAGAGACAGAUUAGUUUAUCAUUUCCAGUAUCAAUUUAUUAUAUAUCUGUUUCAACAAAGAUUUGCCUUAACUAUCUUGGCGAAAUA